AUGGACGACACCGUUCUUGAAGAAGAGGUGGCGCUGCUCCACGUGUCACCGGAGGCACUUGCAGCUCUCUCCCGCGCUGUUGAGAGUUCUUCUGCGACCUCUUCGUUGAAGGCCUUGGCAGAACAUGUUUUGUACGGCGAUGCAGUGGGACGCCAGCAGUUGGAUAUCGGACAUCUACAGCAGGAAGUAGAGAGGGGCUCCCCAGGGGCCCCCAGCAAGGGAGACAGCCCCCCGGUGGUGCCAUUCCUGAGGAGGCUGCACUGGGCGCGGCUGCUGCGGCUGUUGAGUGGAGAGACAGUCGAGGAGUGGGCGCAGCAAGUGAAGGAGCAGCGGCAACGCUACCGCUCUCUCCGGCAGCAGCAGCAGCUUUCAGCUAGCCAGCUAGCCACGCUAGACCCGCAGCGGUUCCACCCGUUAGCAGCCACAGCAGGCAACCCCUGGAGUCAGCGACAGGUAGACGAAGAGCUGCAGGAAGAGAUAUGGAGAGACAUAGAGCGAACGUAUCCUGAACGACAGCUGUUCAACAAGGAGGGCACUCGUCGUUCCCUGCAGCGGGUUCUGUUUACCUGGGCCAAGAGCAACAGCGACGUCUCUUAUAAACAAGGCAUGAACGAAAUAUUAGCGGUGCUGUAUCUUGCAUGCGCUCGCGAAGCAGUGCCUGCUGCUUCUACUGCUGCUGAAUCUUCUUUGUCUCCUUUCUCUGUCAUAUUUUCAGCAGACCCGGCAGACAUAGAAGCCGAUGCAUUUUGCCUUUUCGAUGGGCUGAUGACGGGCUGCUGCAUGCGCUCCAUGUAUCUCCCCCCCCAGAAGGAGCCUCUGGCCACGCCACAGAAGAACGAUCUUCUAGGCCCUCUCCUGGGGCCCCCUGUCCCCCCCAGGGGCCCCGCAACUUCUGCUGUGCUGCACCGAUGCAAUAUGGUGUUUGACAGUGUUCUCUGUAAGGCAGAUCCUGAUGUGUAUUUACACCUGAAUGAGCUCGGUGUCGAGCCGCAGCUCUUCUUGCUGCGGUGGCUGCGACUCUUAUUUUCUCGCGAAUUCCACAUCGAAGACACACUGCUUAUUUGGGAUGCUCUCUUGGCAGACGCCUGGCUUUCUACCGAGCAACAAACAGCAGCAGGAGUUGCAUCGGGAGCAGCAGCAACAGCAGCAUCUGCACCCGCAACAGCAGCAGCAGGCGCAGGGGCAACCACAACAGGAGCCGCUGCUGCAGCAGCAGGAGCGUGUAGUACGCCAGAGGCAUGCGCCGCUGCAGCUUCAAAGAAGCUUCCUCUGGUUGAUUACUUCGCUAUUGCAAUGCUCAAGUUCAUCCGCCAACAACUACUAGAAAGCGACUACAGCAGUUGCCUUCGUCGUCUGCUGAAAUUCCCUCCUCUUGAAUCUGUGCAGUGUCUCGUUGCUCUCUCUCUCGCCGUCCGAAAGGGAACAGCCCUGACAUCUGCUGCACCUGCUGCUCACCGCAGCAGCACCAGCCGCCGCAGCGACAACAGCAGCAGGAGCAUCAGCAGCAGGAGCAGCAGCAACGCUGCUAACGCCAGUCCUGCUAUUCAAGGGGCAACAAGGAGCCCCACCGGUCAUCAGCGGUUCAUUCAGCCGCCGCCGCCCCUCACUCCGACCACCAUCAGCACCCCACAGCUGCAGCAGCAGCAGCAGCACGGGGAGGCCCCUAACAGGCAAGACUGGCAAGCGGAGAGCGCUUUCGCGAGGAGCACAGCAACAGAUUCUGCAUUCAACAAACCGGGGGAGGCGUCGACAGCGGGUCUGCUUGGAAGUCACAUCGAUGCGAUGCGCCAGGCCCUUACGUCUGUUGCUGAGGGGUGCAAUGACCUUCCCGCGUCGGUGACGGAGGUUCUCGUUUGCGUCGCUCGAGAUCUAGGUGCCCUGAAGUCGGUUUUACAUGGGGCCCCCUACUCUGCCUCUGUCUUCAAGUUGACGCCGGGGCCCCCCCAUGGGGCCCCACUUCUGCACCCACGCGGAGCCCCUGUUCGUGGCUCUGCACCUGCCGCUUUAGAUGAGGGCCCUGAGAGGCAGAAAGGCCGCCUUGAGAAUAACAAUAGCUGCAGUAGACUCCCUCUGUUCCCGGAUAUGUAG